GAGAACAGAGGAGUUUACAAAUUGAUCUGCAGCUUAGUGAUCCACCUGUGUACAACAUAUCAAGUAACAUGAGUUGCCAGUGUAUAGUGACUAUACUAUGAUCAGUACAGCUGAGGAGUCAAGGUUAGAUUCCUGGCAGAGGCAGAGAUUCAUCUUUUCUCCACAAUGUUCAGACAAGUUUUAGGGCCCACCCAGCUUCUAGUCCAUUAAGUACAAGCGGCUCUAUGUUCAUGAUAUGGUACUUAUCCAGUUAUUUUAUGAUGGACACCAGAGUUUAGCUGUAGGUCUGUCAGCAGUAGCACAAGCUGACCCACCAUGUCCUCCAUCAGACAGGCUGCUGCAUGUGGUGAUGGCAGGCCUUCAGCACGAACCUGAACGCCCGCAGAAAACAGGCGCUACUGCCCUGACGGUACCAGGACAGGAGGCUUCAAUAGUAACAGGACUAGAUCUGGAGUUUGAGACUGAUGUGCAAACGACAGCACCUGAGCCAGCCCUGUAUGAGACAGCCUAUGUGACAUCACACAAAGGCAACUGCCGUGCUGGAGCAUUCAGUGUUGAUGGGCAACUUAUUGCUACAGGAAGUGUUGAUGCGUCCAUCAAGAUCCUGGAUGUGGACAGGAUGUUGGCAAAGUCUGCUCCUGAUGGUUUGGACCCAUCUGGAGACUCCCAAGGCCACCCUGUGAUCCGUACACUUUAUGACCAUCUUGAGGAAGUGACUUGUCUCGAGUUCCAUCCACGUGAGCCCAUACUGGUGUCUGGUAGUCGAGACUUCACAAUCAAGCUGUUUGACUACAGCAAGACAUCAGUGAAGAAGGCAUUCAGGACCAUUACUGAUGCAGACCAGAUUCGCUGCAUGUCAUUUCACCCCACUGGAGACUACCUCGUGGUGGGAACCUCGCACCCAGUUAUCCGGCUGUAUGAUGUAAUGACGGCACAGUGUUUCGUGUGCAGCAUCCCCAGCCACCAGCACUCUGCCGGCAUCACUUCCAUCAAAUAUUGUCCUGAUGCCAAGAUCUAUGCCUCAGCGGGUCGAGAUGGCAGUAUCAAGAUCUGGGAUGGUGUGUCCAACCGCUGUGUCAAUACAUUCCUGAAGGCACACGAUGGUUCGGAAGUCUGCUCUGUGAGAUUCUCUCGCAAUGGAAAGUACCUGCUGUCGUCAGGCAAAGAUUCUCUCAUCAAACUCUGGGAGCUGUCCACGAGUCGGUGUCUCAUUGCAUACACUGGUGCUGGUACCACUGGCAAGCAAGAGCACAAGGCACAAGCUGUGUUCAACCACACGGAAGACUACGUGCUCUUCCCUGAUGAAGCAACAACAUCAUUGUGUGCAUGGAAUUCACGCAACGCAUCACGUAAACAACUCUUGUCACUUGGACACAAUGGCCCAGUUAGGCUUAUUGUCCAUUCCCCCACUGCACCAGCAUUCCUGACGUGCUCGGAUGACUUCAGGGCACGUUUCUGGUUCCGUAGGAUGCCCAUGCACUGAUUCCAGGUAGAAGAUGAAGAGAUUUCUGAUCCUGGAUGUGCAUCUGUCCAUAUCAGGGGAUAGCAGUGCCGCCGUCUUCCAAGUACUCUUUUAAUUUAUAAGUAAAUCUCAAACAUAGGGAACCCAGAUUCUGUUCAAUAACUUCAUAAUAUGGUAUUUAAAUGUUUCAGAAGAUAGCUUUUUUGUGUAUACACGUGAUGUUCUGUAUACUCCAGUAAUAAUCACCACAGAUGUUUAUAAAAUUUUGUGUUUGUUAAUGUUCUUAUAGCUAUUUGUUGUCCCAUGAAGACCUGCUACUACAGCAGUUGACAGAGCAUAACAAAAAUUACUUUUAUAAGUCAGUGUUGUUACAUGUUUUUUAACCCUUUCUUAGCCAAAAUAAGAGGUCUUAAGUUUUAUGGUUCUCCAAGACUGGCAGCCAUAUUUUGAUGUGGGUCUAACAGUACUGAUAUGGAAGGACUACAGGAGCCAGCUGGACUUUGCACAUGCUACAAUAAAGUAAUGCAGCACAAAGCAAGUAAAGGAAUAGAACUUCGGAAGCAUAUAAAUGCUUAAGAGAAUUUGUUGCAGUCAUUCAUUUGAGCUCCUGCACUGAAGAUUGUUCCUAAACCCUUGACCCUUGGAGUGCGCAGUGUGUUAAAAGAAAAACAGUUUGUCUUUCAUGUUCAUAUCGAAACACUUUGUGUCUUGGCAUGUUGUAUCUCACAGAACAUCACAUCAAUUUGUCACUCGGAAUUUAAAUUCCUUUCUUAUAUGAGGGGCAGUCGAAAUGUUCCCAGGAUGGUGAUAUAGCACUCUAAUGGUAGGACAUACGGCAACACUUACCUAAUCACCUUCAAAGUAGGGCCCGUACGCACACACACUUGCUCCAUCGAUCCCGCCAUUGUUAGAAGCAGCGGUGGAAGGCUUCAUUUGGAAUCUUCCGGGGCUCAGCUGUCACAUUCGAUUUUAUGUCCUCCAUGGUUGCAAAACGUCUCCCUUUGAGGCCCAUUUUCAGAGUAGGGAACAGCCAAAAGUCACUGGGAGC